UCUCUCUCAACGCAUCUUGCUUCCUUAUUUGAUUCUCUCUUUAACAAAAAAAGAAAAAAGAAGGCAAUGGCAAGCGAUAACGAGCCAGCGAAGCUACUGUUACCGUACCUUCAACGAGCCGAUGAGCUUCAAAAACAUGAGCCUCUCGUUGCUUAUUACUGUCGUUUAUAUGCAAUGGAAAAAGGAUUGAGGAUACCUCAGAAUGAAAGAACCAAAACCACCAAUUCUCUUCUUGUUUCUCUCAUGAAGCAACUUGAAAAGGAUAAGAAAACGCUGAAGUUGGGACCUGAAGAUCAUUUACAUCUAGAGGGCUUUGCAUUGAAUGUCUUUGGAAAGGCAGACAAACAAGAUCGUGCUGGACGAGCGGACCUGAAUACGGCAAAGACAUUUUACGCUGCCAGCAUUUUCUUCGAGAUUAUUAACCAGUUCGGUGAACUUCAGCCUGAUCUUGAGCAGAAACAGAAGUAUGCGGUUUGGAAAGCUGCUGAUAUUAGGAAAGCUUUGAAAGAAGGAAGGAAGCCCAUCCCUGGCCCUCCAAAUGGUGAUGAAGAUUUGUCAAUUCCAUCAGCUACAUCUGGUGUUGCAUAUGAUCUCGGACAACACGAACCUGCAGUUACCAGUCCGAGACAAAUGUCCAAUACAUCACCUCAGUUCCAUGAUGAAGUAAAUAACCAGCGUUAUAUUCCACCACAAUCUCAAUUCCAUGAUAAGUUUGAUGGUCAGCAUUCUUCAAAUAUUUCACCGUCACCUCCUUCAUUUCCUUCUGACGGUUACCCUACUCAUGAUCUAUCCUCCUCACACCAGCACGAACCCCAACGAGAUUUUCAUCAACCAUUCUAUCAACCCUAUCGACAAGAUUUGCCACCGCAUAUGCCAGUUAAUUACCCACCCCACGAAUCUUCUGCCUCUUAUUCAUUUGCUAAUUUCCAGUCAUAUCCGAGUUUCACGGAGAGUAGUUUACCUGCAGCCCCGUCUCACUAUCCAUCAUCCUAUCAAGGUUCCGAGACUCCUUACAAUCCUCCACAGUCAGCCCCGUCUCACUAUCCAUCAUCCUAUCAAGGUUCCGAGACUCCUUACAAUCCUCCCCAGUCAGCUCCUCCGACAACAAGCUAUCCAUCAACAACCGCUCAAUACUCUUCAAGUAGCAGAAACGGGAAAAUCGCUGAACCUUCACCACCUACUUCUGAGAAAUACCAAUACGACAGCAAUUACCAACCGCCACCGGAGAAAAUCGCUGAGGCACACAAGGCUGCUCGGUUUGCGGUUGGGGCCUUAGCAUUUGAUGAAGUGUCGACGGCAGUUGAGCACUUAAAGAAAUCACUUGAAUUGCUGACUAAUCCAUCGGCCAGUCAUUAAGUGUUACCCAUUUGUGGUGUUUUGAAUUAUAUGGGUUGAUUUGUGAAGGGUUUUUAUUUAUUUAUUCAGAGUUUGGAGAUUAUGAACAACUGUUACUUGUCUUGUAAUUUUCAUUCGAGAAUCAAAUCAUGUUUCAUGUUUUUUAUUACAA